AAUAUAAGUAAAUUAAGAAAAAUGAUGAUGGAAAUGUAUGUGUAUUGGACAGCAAAAUGCGAGUUCAUUUUUGAAAGCUGGAGAAUUUAUGAUGAUUAACCAUUUUUGUUAUUUUGUGGUUGCUUCUUAUCUUGCCUAUAUUCAAUUAUUCAUAUCAUGUAUAUGCUUUAAGGUGAUAAAGUAUAAAUCUUUAUGAAACAAUUUAUGUCAAGAAGAAUAGGAUUUUCUAUAUAUUAAUUCUUUCUAACUCUGUCAAGUAUGAUUACAAUGAUGUUGUUAAUGACGAUGAACGCCUGGGUCAAUAUAGCAGUCGGGGUUGGAUACACGAUAGGAUAUGGAAUUACAUAGGUUACUAAACCAAAUUCAAAAUACACUCAAGUUGAUUCGAUAUGACCAAAAUUGAUAUACAAGAGUUUAAUUUAUAAUUAUUAAGAAUAUCUAAUAUAUAGACAAUUCCA